AGGAGGGGGAUGGAGAGGAGAAGGCUCCUGGGUGGCAUGGCGCUCCUGCUCCUCCAGGCGCUGCCCAGCCCCCUGUCAGUCAGGGCUGAGCCCCCGCAGGAUGAACUUCGCUCACUGUGAAGCCCAAGCUGGUCUUGAGCUCAAAGCCAUCCUCCUGCCUCAGCCUCCAGAAGUUUAGGCUUACACAUGUAGCCACCAUGCCUGGUUGGCAUUUCAUAGCUUUAGUGGGAACUAGAUUUUAAAAGAGUUCACUCCCAUCCUCGUCCCCCAAUGCUAUGAAUAGAAUUUGGCAAAGUGCUACGUGGUUGCUCGGCAGUGCCCUUUAUGUAACUGCCCUGAUGAGGGACCAUGUGGAUCGUGGCUCAAGUCAGGACUUUCAGGACAUCAUCCAGAUAAGGAAGCCUGUGUGGGUACCAACAAUCAAAGCUACAUCUGUGACACAGGACACUGCUGUGGACAGUCUCAGUGCUGCAACUACUACUAUGAACUCUGGUGUAAGUCCUUGCCCAGGGGGUUCUUGGCAUCCCAGGGUCCCGGUUACUGCCUCUGCUCCUUGGGAAACCGCGGGCUGGCCAGCCUUUUCUGAUUCUCUUGGGGACAGUGUUGGGUUCUGGCUAGUGUGGACCGUCGUCAUCAUUCUGAGCUGCUGCUGCGUCUGCCACCACCGCCGAGCCAAGCACCGCCUUCAGGCCCAGCAGCGGCAACAUGAAAUCAACCUGAUCGCCUACCGGGAAGCCCACAAUUACUCAGCGCUGCCAUUUUACUUCAGGUUUUUGCCAAACUAUUUACUACCUCCUUAUGAGGAAGUGGUGAACAGACCUCCGACUCCUCCCCCACCAUACAGUGCCUUCCAGCAGCAGCUGCUGCCCCCUCAGGGUGGCCCUGCAGGCGGCAGCCCCCCAGGCGCUGACCCACCCCAGGGCUCCCAGGGGGCACAGAGCAGUCCUCUGUCUGGACCCAGUAGAAGCAGCACAAGACCCCCGAGUGUCGCUGACCCUCAGCCCUCUGAAGUGCCCGCUGACCGGGAAGCCACCAAAGACCCUGGAAUGGAGUCCAGUGGUUCAGUGGCCGGCCACGGGGAGCUGGACCCAGGGGCCUUCCUGGACAGGGAUUCGGAGUGUAAGGAGGAGCUACUGAAAGAUUCAAGUUUGGAGCAUGGUAGUGUACCCCCCGACAACAAAGACAAGACCCCUGGCCGACAUCGCCGCUUCACGGGUGACUCAGGCAUUGAGGUGUGUGUGUGCAACCGGGGCCACCAUGACGAUGGUCUCAAAGAGUUCAAUACUCUGAUCGAUGAUGGCCUGGAUGGGCCCCUGGACUUCUGUGACAGUUGUCACGUACGACCUCCCGUUGACGAAGAAGAAGGGCUCUGCCUGGCCUCUGAGGAGCAGGCUCGAGAGCCUGGGCACCCCCACCUGCCACGGCCGCCGGCAUGCCUACUGCUCAACACCAUCAAUGAACAGGACUCGCCAAACUCGCAGCGCGGCGGCUCCCCCAGCUAGAGCAGGCCCUGCCUGCACCGGAGAGCUUGACAGACAACCAGGAGGGGACACCCACAAGAGAAGCAUUAAGUGACUUUGAGAAGUGGUACGGCCACUUUGUCCUUUCAUUUUUUUCUCCCCUCCCGUCCCACUUUUCCCACGUCUCCAGGUACAAGUUUGGGGUGUGGAUGUCUCCUCUCCCCCCACAAAAGCACAGUGUUGUAGAAGACCGAGAAUCCGGUUCUGGGACUCAUUCCGCACCUCCCUUUUCAGAGCUGUAUCUCACCUACCUGCUCGGCUGAGAAACGUGUGUCUGGAAAGCCCCCCCACCCCGGACUGGGGCUGGGCUCCAAGAUGGUUCUCGGUGACAUAGUGGUUUGGAAGAGACCUUCGCUAUGUCUCAGUCUGGGAGAGACAGUUUAUCUUGGCCCCGAGUGAGGGAAACUUGGGCCCGUGGCUGUCACCUGUGGCUGCCAGUGUCUGCAGAGCUGGCAUUGGUCUAACCCUGUGGGAGGGUGAGAGCCAGUGGGCGGGUUGGUGGGGGGCUUGUAUCUGGCAAGCCCCAGGUAGAGAGUGCACCCCUGCAUUGUAGAGGGGGCCCUUCCCAGCAGGCUUCGGCUGGCUUCAGCCUGGUUCAGGUAUAGACGCUUACCCUGUGUUCUCUGCGUUUUCCUUUGAAACAAAUAACCAAGGCUAGCUGGAAACAGCCGCAUGGGCGGACAGGCAAGAAUCCUCUUCUGUACGAGGGAAUUCUGCAGCUCUCUGCAGGUUGAGUUUCCAAGAGUCUGGCUAUAAUGUUGGGCCAGCAGGAGAGAAUGCGGUAGUCCUGACCCUUCCGUGAGUGGAGAUCUAAGUCUGAUGUCUGGUAGAGAUAUGGCAUCCUCCACUUCUGCCCAUUGUCUAUGCCCAAAGGUGCCCAGUGGUCCCCGUCCAUCCUGAAUGCAAUCUGCAGUCUCUCCCUGUCCUCUGUAAGCAGAUGGACCGAGGAGGUUGUGUGUCCUGGGCAAGGCAGCCUCGUAGCCUGGCCCUCACAUGGUAUUUUCUCUUGAGUUAUCCGAGUCUGUUGUUUGUGUUUGUUUGUUUUAAACUGACCACUUAGAAGGAACACUGUUGUUAUCUGUGCUUCUCAUGGCUGCCCCCGCCCCGAACCUACUGGAGAGGGGUGCCUUACCUGCACAGCCUGUGUAAAGAGUCUCUCAGGCAGGGGGUGACAGUCACCUCCAGCAGGACCUUGGGGCCUGGCUGCCAUCACCUGGCUUUGGUAGGAAAAAGGAGCCUAGAAGCAGCUGAAACGAACAUUCCCCGCCCAGCCCUGUCCAUGCAAGGAGGGUGGUCCCUUCCCCGCUCUUGAACGAUGAUAUGUAGACUCUGCACCGUCCUUAGUAAUGGAAGGAGAAAGGAAGAGAAAGGUCCAUAUGUAAACACACACACAGGUCCGAGGUCCACGUGUAAACACACACACACAGGUUGAGGCUGUGAGGUGAUGUGUGUCCGCAUUUGGAUGCCACAAACCAAAAUCCUUGUCGAACAAAAGUGAAGUCUACACAGUGAUGUUGGAUGGCGUGUGUGUGCGCGUGUGUGUAUGUGUGCAUGAUUGUGUGAGUUGUAUGUGGCCCCGAGCCCUGUGUUCCUGUGAAGAUACUUUGAAUGACCAUUCUGCUCACGUUAGCCACAUGUCUGGAGCACAUCUGGCCCUCUCAAGGUAAUUUAUUUUACGCGUUUACUGUUUACCGAACAAACGUCUGACUGUACUCCGGUGUCGCCGGCAGCGCCUCUGAUUGCCAGCGACACUGCUCUCCAGGGCGAGGCUUCUUCCUCAGCCCACCACUGCGAUUGGCCCAGUGCUCCACGGACACUCAGAGGCCUACAUUCUGUUCCCUGUGUGUGGAAAUGUAUUCUGAACGGGUCUCCCUCCCUCCGCUGCGGUCAGACAGCUUGAGUCUUGAGUGACAAGCUUGGACCGGUUGUGGCUCAGACGUCGGCCUGCCCAGGAUCACCAGGAGUCCCUGGCAGACACCUCGAUGCCACAAGCUUGCACCUCCUCUGCCGAGGUCUCGAGGGGUUGGUGUGUGGCCACAGGGCCCCGAGCUGCAGCCCUCACACACUUGUUAAAGUCCCAGACAACUCAGAACUUACUCUCCCCAAAACGAAUCCCUCUUCAGUUAACUAGCGAUGAGGUGGAGCCCUCUCCAGUUUCUUUUCCCUGGCAGGAUGGGGAGCUGACCUGACUGCGGACUGGCUUCACUACAGCGCCCACCAAGAUGGCAGCACCACAGUCUGGGCCCCUGCUGCCUCAGGCCACACUGGCGCUCAGAGCGAGCACAGGAAAUAGGAGUUAGGGGCCAGGGAGAUUUGGCUGAGUGGGGUUUCCAGGUCUGUGGGAGGAGAGGGUAGGCAGAGGGUUUGGUGCUACGGUCAGCUUUGCAGCCGCUAACACAUUCCUGUGCGAGGCACAUGGGCGUCCGUCAGUUAUUGUGAAUAUGUGUAUCUUAAGCAAUAAGAGUCCACUGCUCUGGGUCCCUGGGCAGUCUGGGUGACACAUAUCCUGUGCUGUGAUCGUUCUGAAGACAGAGUGGCUCUAACCACUGUGAGAAGCCCUAAUAAAAUCAGUCCCAAACGUC